AUGAGCAACCAGGCACCAUUCUUGAAUCUACCAGCACACGUUGUCUCUGAUAUUUUGUCCAGAUUACCACCCAAGACUAUCAUCCAAUGCAAAUCUGUUUGCAAAUCAUGGCUGAGUCUGCUAUCUGAAUCUGAAUUCACUAAUUUACACCUGCUAAGAUCUCCUCCUUGCCUGAUCAUAAACAACCUCGAUUACCAUCCUUCAGAUUUGAAUUGCUUCAGUUUAGUUGAAUUCGAAGAUCAGCCUGAUCACCAUGAUUUUCAAUAUGUUGCAGGAACAAAAAUCAAGGCCCCAAAAGGGUGUGUCGUGGAAAAUGGUGCGACUGCUACCAUGGUUGGCUCCAUCAAUGGCUUAAUCUGCUUGAACGAAUUCGAUCAUAAACAUGAUGCUGUUUGCUUGUGGAAUCCAAUCAUACGAGAAUCCAUCACUCUUCCGAUCCAUAGAGGGGGGGAAGAAACAGAAUCUUGGAGAAGAAUUGGGCAUGCCCCUUUCCUUUAUAAUAGUUGUCGCCCUCAUGGUGUUUUCCUGAAUGGUAAUCUUCAUUGGCUGAUUGGUGAUCAAGCUGGCUCUGAAUUGAUAUCCUGCUUUGAUCUUGAAACAGAGUUGUUUUCACCUUUCCCUGCUCCUCCAGAACUGAGCAAAGAUUUCAAUUUAGCUUGCUUGGGACUUUUUGCUGGCUGUCUGAGCUUGUGUGAUAACACUUCUGAUUAUGAGAUCGUCAUUUGGGUGAUGAAAGAAUACGGAAUCACCAAGCUCUGGACUAAAGAAAUUGUUAUAGACAAGGAGCCCGCUGAUCUUGUCGGGCCAUCUUUUGAAGUUGUUCGAGUGUUUAAAGUUUUUGAAGAUGGGAAUAUCUUGCUUUUGUGGAGGGAUGACAUUUUACUUUCUUAUGAUUCUCGGAGGCAAAUCUUGCAUCAGUCUGGCGUUCAUAAACUCAUCAAGAAAAUUGAUGAUCAGAUGAAUGAAGAUGGCUACCCUUGCAUAGAAGUAAUGGAAUACGUUCCAACCUUUCUUUCCCUCGAGAGUUUUGGGAUCCAGAUGAUGGAAAGCAUAAACUAG